GGCGCGGGCCCGUGAGGAGGCGGCAGGCGCGGGGGCUCCGCUCGCGUCGGGCCCGGCUCCGGAUAAAUGGGGGGCGGCGGCGGCAGCGGCUUCGGAGCCUUGGCGGAGUCGGAGCGCAGCGCGGCUCGGGGCAGCACCGGCAGCACCCGCAGCAGGGCAGGAUGCGGGGCGGGCGGCCCGCGGCGCUGGCGCUGCUGGCGCUGGCGCUGCUGGCGGCUCAGGGCGGAGCGGCGCCCCUGCAGCCUGGCGGGACCCCCGCGCUCACCAAGAUCUACCCCCGCGGCAGCCACUGGGCUGUGGGACAUUUAAUGGGGAAAAAAAGCACUGGAGAUUUUCCUUAUGGCUUUGAAGAAGAAAACAAGACACCAUUUUCAGCAUUACCUAAUAAUAUCAAGCAGCUGGAAGAGUAUCUGCAGUGGGAAGAAAUCUCAAAAUAUUUGUUAAGGCUGCUGGAAAGGAAUGAAAAUAAAAGUGGUCAUUUUUUAAAAGGAGGUCUUCCCUGGUACACCAGGAACACCUGGGAGACAGAUGACAAUAGCAGUUGGAAACAUAUGAUGGACUAUCUGCUUCAAGUUGUGACUAUGAAAGAGAACACUCCAAGCUGAAAGAAGAUCACUAAAUCAUGAAGAAAUUGAAUACUUUCUGUAAGAGACUAUAUUUCACACACUUGAUUGUAUCAGAUAAUCAACAAGGUCACUUUUCUGUACACAAGAAUUCUUUUGUGUAAAGUACUUAAAUACACAUACUCUUGUAUGGUUCAGCAAGGACUAAAUCCUCUACUUCAUUUUCAAGGUUGCAUUUUCUCAUUUGAAUGGCUUUGAUAUAUAUCUAUAUAUCUAUAUGUAUCUAUAUAUAUAGAUAUAUCUCUAGAAUUGUCAUGGAAGGGUCUUCCAAAUAAUUAUAUGAUGUACCUAUCAAGUAAUUUCAUUUCUUCGUUCGAAACUACAUGACAUUGCAACAUUCGCAAUAAAU